AUGCAUGCAGAAAUCAAUUGUUCUUUUUGUAAAACAGCAGGACUGACUAAUUUUGUCUUAUAUGAUAUACCAAGAUUUCUUAUAUUGAAAACUGAAAGAAUUAAUACAGAUUGUAUUACUUUAAUUGAUGAUAUAAAUCAACUUCGCAUUCGAUCACUUGAUACAAAUUUACCAUUCGAUUAUCAUUUACAGACAGUAUUAAUUGUUCUUGAAGAAGAUGACAUUGAUUAUCUAAGAAAAACAACGAAUGGGUAUACCUCUUUUAAUAAAACUACUGGUCAAUUUGUACAAUUACGUGAUUUAUCAACAUAUCAAACAGGGUUAGCUUCGCGCUGGAUAAUAUUCAUUUAUCAAACCGAUGAAAAUGUCUUCUAUCCGGCACUGGUGGACAAAAUAACUUUGUACCAAAGUACUUUAGCCGAAGGUAUGGAGCCCGAUGAAUGGACAAUCAAUACUGUGCAAGAUCUUUUACCAACGUUCGCUGAUACUUUAAAAAUCGGCUCAGUACAACUAAAAAAAGAUGACAUUAAAACAUUGUUAGACAAUGAUGCUGACAUAAAUGAUUUGGUUAUUAAUGUCCAUUUAUUAAUUAUAGCAUCUACAGCACCAUUUCACAAGCGCGUCUUGGCUGUCGAAAGUCACACAGUAUCGGACAUAAUUGAAAAUAAACUAAAACACGUCAGAACAUCCUGGCUUGAUUAUGAUAUUAUUCUCUGUUCAAUAAAUCAGAAACACAAAUGGUAUUUAAUGAUAAUUGAUCUUGAACGAAAUUUAUUUAUACAAUUCGACUCAUUGCCUGCACAUGAUAUGCCACGCAGACAAAAUCUAGAGUGUCUUAUUCAUAUUUUGAAUACACAAUAUUAUUUAAAGCACGACACUGACAUAGAUUUUCACACAGCAUGGACAUUAUCGGAUCCGAGUGAAGAUUUCAAUUUAUACCAAAAUGAUGCGCAUUCAUGUGGCGUCCAUCUUCUAAUACAAGCAAAAGCAUAUACAAAUCGUGAACGACAUAAACCAAUCCCACAAGACAAAAUAAACUUAUACAGACAUCAACUAGCAGAAGACGUACUUCAAAAAGCCGAACCAAAAUCUGACGACAGCAUAUCAGAUAUAUCAGAUAUUUACACGCCGAGUCCGAAAACACGACGCAAAAGCAGCGCAACGAGAACAACAACCAAAUUGGCGCGCCAUAAAUAA